CUGGCCCUCCCGCCCGGCUCCCUUCGGGGCUGGCACGCCCGGACCGCAGGCCGGCUGCGCGCCGCUUCCGAGCUGGGAGACCCUGGGGAGGCGCUCGCGGGCUCAGAACCGCGGCCGGCCGGCCGGGGGCCCGACUUCCGCCAGAGUGCCCCGAAGCAAGGGGCGUCUCCUGCUGUUUGGAGGCUGGUCACUUCUUUCCCCUGUUAACCGAAACCCUACUCCCUUUGCCAGCCCCUUGCACCCCGCGAGGGUGUGUCACCGAGCGGAACAAGUGCCUUUUGUAAAAGGGGCGCCCGGCUCCCUGAUCCCGCUGUCCGGAGCAUCAAACACUCAGGACAAUGGCUGUACAAAUGCAAUUUGAAGCUAGUGCAGACACCUCAGUAGAAGAAGAGAACAUUGGCCCACAGCCUAUUUCACGAUUGGAGCAAUGUGGCAUAAAUGCCAAUGACUUGAAGAAAUUGGAAGAUGCUGGAUACCACACAGUUGAGGCUGUUGCCUAUGCACCAAAGAAGGAACUAAUAAAUAUUAAAGGCAUUAGUGAAGCCAAAGCUGAUAAGAUCCUGGCUGAGGCGGCUAAAUUGGUCCCAAUGGGUUUCACCACUGCAACUGAAUUUCAUCAGCAGCGGUCAGAAAUGAUACAGAUCACCACUGGCUCCAAAGAGCUCGACAAACUGCUCCAAGGUGGGAUUGAGACUGGGUCUAUCACAGAGAUAUUUGGGGAAUUUCGAACUGGGAAGACACAAAUUUGUCACACAUUGGCUGUGACUUGCCAGCUCCCCAUAGACCGAGGUGGUGGUGAAGGGAAAGCCAUGUACAUUGAUACUGAGGGAACCUUCCGGCCAGAGCGAUUGCUGGCAGUGGCUGAAAGGUAUGGCCUGUCUGGCAGUGAUGUCUUGGAUAACGUGGCAUAUGCUCGAGGCUUCAACACUGACCACCAAACCCAGCUCCUCUAUCAGGCUUCAGCCAUGAUGGUUGAGUCCAGGUAUGCAUUGUUAAUUGUGGAUAGUGCUACUGCCCUCUAUCGCACGGAUUACUCUGGCCGAGGGGAGCUAUCAGCCAGACAGAUGCACUUAGCCAGGUUCCUCCGGAUGCUCCUACGACUUGCUGAUGAGUUUGGUGUAGCAGUGGUAAUCACUAAUCAAGUGGUAGCCCAAGUAGAUGGGGCAGCUAUGUUCGCUGCAGAUCCCAAAAAACCCAUUGGAGGAAACAUCAUUGCACAUGCCUCAACUACCAGGCUGUACCUAAGGAAAGGACGAGGAGAAACUAGGAUUUGCAAGAUCUAUGACUCUCCUUGCCUUCCUGAGGCUGAAGCUAUGUUUGCCAUUAACACUGAUGGAGUGGGAGAUGCCAAAGACUGAGGCACGACUUUGAUUUCAUUUACAAAAUUUAUGUUUCCUCAUGAAGAAGAGUGUUCCCUCGGGUGUUUCACAGGCCUUUUCCUGUUGUGACGGCUCCAAAAGAGACUUCCAGGAGACAUCCAUGAAAACAGCCAUUGUAUUUGCCCAUCUGAAGGUGUAAACAGGAUUCAGGUCAGCAGUUAGGAACCCUGAUCUAAAAUGUUGAUUUCUUCUGAGUUUAUUGAUCAUUUCUCUGGUCCUUGAGGGAGGUGAGGAGCAAUCCCUUAACAAAAUGAUUUCAGGUGGGCGUAAGAUUUCCAUUUGUUUGAAAGUAUCUUUUAUUUUUUUUUUUUAAUAUGUGGCCACAAUCAGACUAAGAACUUAGAAAAAAACUAGAUUCAAAUAAUCCCCUAAUUUAUCCCAAGCUUCUUAUAGGAUCUUGUUUCUCUGUAAAAUUCACCUGAAAGUUAUUAGGCAUCUGAAUUAGUAUUGGGAUUUUAUAUCUAUGUGUGUGUAUGUGUUUGUACUUGUUGAGGGAAGGUUUUUUCUUUCUUUUAAGGUAAAGGAGUUUUGAAUAGGUGGCCUGGAUUUAUGAGACUACUUGGUUCAUCCCAACUCAGUUCUUCCUUUACUGCUUGCAGCAAAAUACUGAAGUCUUGGGCAUUUCAGGAGUUUUUGCAAAGGGAUUUGAGCCCCAAAAUGAAAUACAUAUUGGAGAGGAGGAUUUUUGAGUCCAUCUUACGUUAGCUAAACAUUAUAUUUAAACCUUAUGUUACCUAAAUAUCGUUAAGAUGUAUAAAUGAUUAAAUCCUGUUAUCAGCAGCCCAUCGGGGUAAUGGGAAAAGGGCAGAAUCCCCAUCUUGGUUUGCUAAAUUGGUAGGGGUGGGACAAGAGAACAUGAUUACAGCAGAUAUGGGCUCAUUGUGGUAUGAUGGCUGCCCCUUUCCCAAACCACAAAGCCUUUUCAUUACAAAUUUCGAUGCUAUUUUGAAAUCACUUAUUUCACUUUAUCAAAAUAAAACCUCCAUUUUCUAAUGUUGGCCUUAAAAGGCUUGCAACACAGAGGGAAGAAUAUAUUCAGAAAUGAACAUAAUGUGUAAUGUAAAAGCAAAAUGAAUCAAUAAAAUACUUCCAAGGACUAUUGCUGCUUGUCCAGCCUGGACUAGCCAGGUGGAAUGUGGUAUUAGGAAGCAACAAAAGAUAUCUUUCUUCUAGAACGUUAAGCUGCCCAUUGUAUAAAUAUAUCCCUAUCCAUCUCAAUAUGAUUGGGCAGUCAGCAUCAUGUAUCUUUUAACAUUUAACUUGCUUCCUGGUCAUGUACCAGGAAUGUAAGGUCAUGUAAGACUGUACUCUAGAUAGGAAAACAAAUGAGUCAGUUCUCCCAGGAUUCAUGGGGCCUUGAUGAAGUGAGAAUCAUAACUAUUCACAAAAUUCUAGUCUUUGCUUUCCUUGAAUUGGAGUUUCUUUGGUCUAGAGUAAAUUGGGUUUAGGGAAUCAUCCAGUCAACCUAGCUUUAACUCUGGCCCCAAAGUUUCUGGUACCAUAUGCACAUAUCUACAUAGUACAAGUGCAAAGACAGGUGUGACACUGUUGACAUAGAAUCUAGGUUCCCCGAGGAAGUAAGGAAAGGUUAUGGGCUAGGGUGAGAGAAAUUUGCAGUUCUCACUCUAGCUUGCUUUUUCAGAUUCCACUUUCUUGCUGACUGCUCUUACUUCAUCUCUUAAAUAGGCAAGAACUAUUAUCUUCCAGACCCUUAAAUGAGGUGAUUGGUUGGACCUAGGAUCCUUUAGUAUAAGGUGUCUGCAACUGCUUUAUCUAAAUCCUAUAUGAUGUUAGGGUAUGUUCUCGGUAACUAAUGUCUUUACUGCUGCAACUUUUCAAGCAAAAUAUUAAAACAUUCUUGCGUUU